AUGACUCUCAACUAUCACGCACAUGGUAAAGAAAUUGAGGCGUCAUAUCGUCGUGUCAGUGAUAAUUCAGAACAUGACAAAUGGGUGAUCUACGAUUAUGAAGGGAAUUCCAAUACUAUUCGAGUAAAGGAAGAAGGAACGGGUGGCCUUGAAGAGUUCGCCGAUAGUUUCAGCUCAGGAAAACUACAGUUUGGUGUGAUUUCAGUACGUCUCAGCAGUGAUGUGUUUCCAAAAAUUGUGCUGGUUCAUUGGCAAGGUGAAGGAGUUCCUACCCUUCGUCUGGCUUCUACUACAUCUCACGCUGAAGAAUUCCGAAGAUUUUUGAAAACGGUUCACAUAGUUUUACACGCACGUUCUGAAAUUGAUGUCGAGCCAGAUGUUAUUCGAAAAGAAGUGAGAAAAUUGCCUUCUGCGAAUGCAAGUACCAAUUCGGAGUCUACCUACAGUCUCCCAGAGAAAGUAAACUCUGUGUAUCAGCCAACAAAUCCCCAGUCUGAGUUGAGUUCGUCUGCCAGAGAAAAUUUCUGGAGUUCCAUGAAUCAGGAAGAGAAGAAGAGACAAGCCGAGGAAAAGGCAUCGCACGCUGAACAACUAAAGCGAUAUGAAGCUGACAGAGAACGAACCGCGGCUGAUAUUCAAAACAAAGCGGAUAAUUAUCAGCCCGAUAAAGUCAAUUCUGUGUACAAACCUACAAAGCCCCAUGUUGAAUUAAAAACAGUUAACCGUGAAGAAUUUUGGAGCAAAAUGAACGAGGAAGAGAAAAAGCGUCAAGAAGAAGAAAAGGUAGCUCGUGAAGAAGCGCACAGGCAAUAUGAGGCUGAUAGACAAAGAAUGGCUGCCGAAAUCCAUUCUCAUGCUGAAAACUAUCAACCGGAUAAAGUGACUUCUGUCUACAAACCAACAAAACCACAUGUAGAAAUUAGUUCUACAGCUCGCGAAGAGUUUUGGAACAAAAUGAACGAAGAAGAAAAGAAGCGUCAAGCUGAAGAGAAAGAAUCAUACGAAUUGAAGCAGAAAGAGUUUGAAAGCGAUCGGAAACGUAUUGCCGAUAACCUCCACGAAAAGCUGCAAUUGAGCGAAAAGCCGGCUGUUCCGGUUGCAUCAGCUUCAUCUCAUGUUCCGAAUGUUACGUCGUCAACUUCAGCUGCCACAUCUUCAGGACUUGUUGGAAGUCGUAAAGAAAUGUUCAGUGCAAAACCGUCAGAUCCGAUUCUUCCAAAAGCACAGACCAAUGGUGGAGGAGCUGUUAAAAAGUGGCCACCAGUUGGUUCAAAUCAAGAUUCCGCUCCACGUGAACCGGUAAAUCGAUCGAAUACUGAUGAAGGUCAGACUGAAGAGCUAAUGAGUUACAAACCUGAACCAAUGGUCUAUCAGCCUGAGCCUAUGGUUUACAAGCCAGAUGCUAUGAAACCUGCCACUCAUUCUUAUGACGCAUACGAAGAACCACCUGCAGAACCUGCCCCAGUCGUCAAGUCACCAAUCUCCCCACCAUCAUUUAUUGCUCCAACCCCUCUGAUUGCUCCUCCUCCACCAGAACCAACUCCAGCUCAUAUUACUUCUCAAUACGGUGCUCCACAAGCAGUCCCUACCCACUAUUCAUCACAAUACGAUGCUCCGCCAGUUCAAGAACCAUUCGAGUCUGUUAUCCCGCCUGCUCCUGCAUCUUCUCACUAUGCAUCCCAAUAUGAUGCUCCACCAGAGCCUGUUGAGUCAUUUGCUUCCUAUGGUGAAAACUCCCAGCUGCCAGCACACAUUGCUUCGCAAUACGAUAUGCCCCCUGUAAUGCCAGAGGAACCAGUUAUUACCCCCAUCGUGGUAAAAUCUACGGUUAAAGCUGCUCCUCCAAUCGAUCAGUACGAUUUCCCGCCAGCCGUUACAGAGCAAAACGCCAUGGCUCUGUGGGAUUACCAGGCAGCUGAUGACACAGAAAUCUCGUUUGAUCCGGAUGAUAUCAUUACUGAUAUUGAUCAAGUUGACAGCGGAUGGUGGAAAGGACGUGCUCCAAAUGGUCGCGUUGGACUAUUCCCAGCAAACUACGUCAAGCUGAUUUAA